AUGGCAAAUCUGGGCCGUGGCAAUUUAGGGGAUGCGCUUGAUGCAUUGGGGUUGGUUCGUUACUACUACAGUCGCAUGCUUAUGACUUAUGUUGAUCUCAUUGAGAAGCUUCUCAACUACAACUCUUUGGAGAAGUCGGAUUUAGUGUCUUGA